GUGUUUGUUUAUGCAAUUAACCCUGUAACUAUAACAAAUUACUGAACUAACAACUCGUGCUGGCUGCUGACAUCUCAGAGACAGAGCACAGCAAUCAGUCAUGGCAGCGGGCGGAGGAAAGCAAAGCAGCGCCAAGUCCACCACCAAACGCAGAAACGAAAAUUCCGGAAAUGCCCUUCGCCACCGUCACCGUGAAAACCUGACCCACCUCAUCACCCUCGUCGCUUCCGCCACCUCCGCCGCCCAUUCUUUCCUCUCCCAAAACGACCUCCGCCUCCAUCCUUCCCAAACCCUAACCCUAGAAUCCCAUAUCUCCUCCACCUCCCUCUCCAUCUCCAAACUCCUCUCUCUCCUCUCUCCUCCAUCACCACUCUCCUCCUCUUUCUCCUCCUCCUCAACUCCCCCUUCCUGCUGGUUCCACCGCUUCCUCUCCGCUGCCUCCGCCAACUACGACUCCCGAUGGGUCGACGCCUUUCGCAUGUCCAAACCUUCCUUCACUCUCCUCCUCAGACUCCUAACUCCUUCUCUCAACUCUCUAUCUCCGAUCCCUCCCAAUUACGCUCUCGCCGCUGCCCUUUUCCGCUUAUCCCACGGUGCGUCCUAUAAGUCCGUCGCCAGGCGGUUCGGCCUCGAUUCUGCCGGCGCUUGUCGUGCAUUUUACAUGGUUUGCAAGGCAAUCAAUGAGAAUCUGGGACAUCUUUUCGAAUUUCAGACCGAUAUCAAACGAAUUGUAGUGGGUUUCGGUUGGAUUUCACUUCCCAAUUGUUCUGGUGUUUUAGGAUUUGAUCUGUUUGAGAUUGAUGGUGAGUUGUUGGGUGAAAAUGGAUCGUUGAUGGUUCAGGCAUUGGUGGAUUCGGAAGGCAGGUUCUUGGAUGUUUCCGCCGGGUGGCCUAAUACAAUGAAGCCUGAAACCGUUUUACGGCAAUCCAAGUUGUUUUCGGGUGUGGAGGAAUCGAGGGAGUUGUUGAAUGGGCCAUCUUUUGAGCUCAGUGAUGGCAAUUCUAUUCCACAGUACAUAUUGGGUGACUCUUGUUACCCUCUUUUGCCAUGGCUUCUCACUUCUUUUGUUAAAUCCGAUGAAAGGAGUAAUUUAAGUUCAUCAGAACGAGCUUUUAAUUCAGUGCAUAGUCGUGGAAUGGAAUUGGUUGGCACAGCAUUUGGGAGAGUUCGGGCUCGAUGUCAGCUUCUAUCGAAGCCUUGGAAGGAAGAAUGUAUCGAGUCCUUUCCAUUUGUUAUCAUAACGUGUUGUCUACUUCAUAAUUUUCUGAUCAAGUGUAGUGAGCCAUUUCCUGAUGAAGAGGCAUGGUACUCGAAGGAUCAAGAGCUUGCAGUUUACCAAGGAGAGGUGGAUGAGAAUGGGCUGCGGAUCAGGAAUGCACUUGCCUCACAUCUGAGUAGGGUGAGUCAGAGGAGGAAUCACGGGAAGAAUAUUCAUCUGAAUUGGCGUUGUAUGUGUAAGGAAGCAAAGGAGAUUGUCAACUAUCUGUUGAUUCACUUUGUGCUAAUUCGAUAUUUAAGUUGUAACUGUUCUUUCAGUUUGAAUAGCUUUGAAAUUAUCCUAUUCUUGGUUGUUGAUUUACUUGUUGUUGGCAAGGGGCUUGUGUAAUCAGAAGAGUCUGGCUGUUCCAGAAGAAGUUGUAGACUGUAUGGAACGAAUGGAACAGCCACACAUGAAUGAUAUUGAGAUGUUGUACUGCUAUUAGAUACAAGUUUUAGGUCACCUAAUUGUUUAUACUCAAUUAUAGAUUUUAUAGGUUAUUUGUGCUUUUUAUUUGAGCUUA